AGUGGGAAACCAUUUGGAUUCCACUGUGGCUUAAGGGUUGUAUUGAUCAUAAACUCGUAAUAAAGUGACUAAAAAGUGGUGUGUAUUCGCGUGUAAUACUAUGUGUAAUAAUCCUAUAUUAUUAAUUGAUUCGAUAUGGCAAAAGUGUCUAAUUCAUCAAAGCUCCCACAAGAACCUUGUGCUCCGAAAGAGAGACAUACUAAAUUGGAAAAUAAAAAUGCGAAUCUUAGAAAAUCACCAAGGAGAGGAGUAACAAGGUCUAAGUUCCACUAUCAACGACGGAAGAAAGGAAAAAAGGAUGUGACAAUUUUAGAAGUAAUUAAUUUCGAGAUUUAUAAUGUGUGCGCUGCAGAUUUCAGUACUUUCAUUCGGCAUGUACUGUCCAGUUUUCAAGAGUUUUCGGUGUAUUUUCGGUUUAAUGGAGGUGAAUAUCGCUGUUUCGUAUUGUUUGAUGUACCAGAAGAGUUCGAAAUUACAGAGGGGGAUCAACAUGUACAGACAUGUUCUUACUUCUCCGAUGUACCUAUUACGGACUUUGUUGUAAGGACGUCGAGAUCUGCGGGGUCUUUCUUGGUACAAAGAAAGACACCAGACUGCCAGCAGCUGUUUGAUAAGCUUCAGUUGUACGUUAAGAAUCACUUAUGUCCACAUAAAGUUGAUUUGUCAAAGAAACGGUUGACGGAAUCGCCCUACGACGAGGACUCUCUGCACAACGUAUUUUACCAUCAUGGUCAUAUGAUAGUUGAAAACAGGAGCUCUGACACCACUUCCGGAACAAACAAGAACAGAGAUCUUGUUAUUUCGCUGAAGGGAAUUACAGGAACGGUUUUUCCCCAUGAUAAUAGUUCUUUUACAAAUUCAGCAUUUCCAACAAGUUCAUACAAAAGCAUAGUCUACGAUGGCGGCAUAUUGUUACCAACUCCUUCGCAUUGGAAGGCAGGGAUUAGCAUGGGCGAAGAUGCAAAUGCUCAUAAACAAAACAAUAUUGCAACCCUAGAGAGCGCUAAGGCCGAAGACAAACCACGAAUGAACAGAAAACGGCCUCGUUACCCAGGGAAAUGCUCCGUGGAAAUCAGACUGGACACGUUUAACGCCUGGCCGCAUUCAGCACCUACCCCACAAAUGCUUGCAGUAGCUGGCUUCUUUUUCACGGGCGAUGCGGACCUGGUUCGGUGCCACCAGUGCGGUAUCGGUCUUAAAGACUUCAGCCCGGUUGACGAUCCGAUGUCUGAGCACAUUAAAAACGCUGGCAAUUGUGACUUCCUUAUUGACUUGUAUGGAAUUACUGGAUUGGAACAGAAAAAGUGCCUGAUCAAUGAUCCUGAAACUUUAAGAAGACAGCAGCUGGAAUCGUUCCAAACACAAAAGGCACCAGAUAUAACAUAUCGAAGACCCGAGUAUGCAAGCUAUGAGGCACGCCUGGCUACAUAUAACGGCUGGCCGGAAAAGGUGUCUCAGAAGCCCUACCAGCUGGCAGACGCUGGUCUGUACUUCACAGGUGUUGAAGAUCAUGUGCGGUGUUUCGCGUGUGACGGAGGACUGCGACAGUGGAAUGUGGGGGACUACCCUUGGGUAGAGCACUGCCGCUGGUUUCCGGCUUGUCCCUUCGCCAGGAGAACCAAGGGAGACCAAUAUAUCGCGCAGGUUCAGGCUUCCGUCGAACAAGGGGAGGACUUUUCAGAACUGGAGGAAACAGGACCUGUGUCCCAGCAUCAAGAAAAGUCUCCCGAAGACAUCGUGACUUCUGGUAUAGACAACAUCACUCUUGGGAGUCCGGAGCUCGAGGAACACCAACGCACGUGCACUGAGGAGCUUGGGUUUCACGCACAAGAGUUUGAAGAGGCUCUCAUUCGACUUAGAACAAGUGGAAAUAUCCGUCCAGCAUUGGAAGAUCUUAUCUUCUGCAUAGGCGAUAUCCAGAAACAGAGGGAAAUUCAACAAUUUCAACAGGAAACAGUAGCAGUGGACACCCCAGAAAGCAUACUUGAAGAGAACGCUCGCUUAAAACACAUCUUGAAAUGCCAGAUGUGUAAUGACAAUAACGUUAAUGCACUGUUCUUGCCAUGUGCGCAUCACCGAAUUUGCACGGACUGUGCAAGCAAAUAUGACGUCACAGUGUGUAUUGUUUGUGACCGGCCGAUCAGGGAAAUCGUGGAAACAUUCAUGGGUUGAAAAUGGCCGAGGAACUUAAACACUGUAAUAAAUAAAGUCAGAGGACAUGAAUGAAAAUGGAAUAAAAAUUGUUGUUUGAUUGUAUGGAAACCUGAAAUUAAUGCAUGAAAUGUUGACUAUUGAAACGAAACGUUUAAGCAUUCUGUGAUAACAUAAACGUAUGCAAGAUUUGUUUUUAUAAUUUAAAUUUAAAUGUUUAUGAUAUUCUAAACAUAUUUUACAUAUGUGUUCACAAACAAGAAUUUAAAUAAUAUUUAAAAUUGUAUACACCUUUUUAAGAAAUGGCCCGAAGUCGUGUGUUAUAUAACUUAUAUUUCUUAUAUUAUACCGAACAUUUUACAUUACCAUUUAUUUUUUUGUAAGCGCUUUUGAUGUGUCUUAUUAAAUGAAGCAAUUAAUGUUUACUUGCGACAAUAUUUCGCCGGUGUGGAAAUCAUCAGUCAUCCUCACAAUUUUUAUGACGUCAGCGGUCCAUUUUAUUUUUUGGCGAGGUCACCACGUCAUAAAACUGGAUUUUUCAUUAAAAUACACUGAUACAAAAUGUAUAUGGACAGAUCGACUUUAUAUGUACAUAUAAGGUACACAUUUAAGUAACUAAAUGUAUAAUAAACAUGGAUAUGUGCCUACUAAAAUGUGUGUGGUGUGGUUUUAAGCCAUUUGCUUGGUAUUGUCCCAAGGUCUAUGUUUGUACAUAAUGUAAAGUUUUUAAUCAUAUCUUGAUCUCAACCCCCUCCACUGUAUACAUCGUUAACGAUUGUCUUUUUGCCGUACUGACAUAUCUCAUAUUGCUCUACCAAAGUCCAUCUAUAAUAGUUGGCACUAAUCGCCUUACAAAUCAAUCCAUGGCAUUUUAUGUGUCAGUAAAUAAGAAAUGUUUGAAUGAAAACCUAUAAAGUUUUACACCCCGAAAUCGAAAUUAGUCUCAGAACCCUCGUAUUGUUUGUACAACAAAUUUGAAGUGUCAAUGCCUAACAAUUAUCAAUCAGCAUUUUCUAAACUACCUAAAUAUAAAUCCACUGAAACCAAUCCAAUGCCCGAAAACCACUUUGGAUGCCUUUCUCAAGUAGCAAAUGGCAGACUCCAUCAUGGAGUUGAGUAAACUAUUUUGUUUAUGUAUUUGUACUUGACAUAACUGCAGCACGUAACAAUGCAUAAAAUGAAUGUUUUACAAA